GGGACGGGAAGUGGGCGGGGCCGACCGGCAGCAGCUUGCUGGACGCGGAGCGGUGAGGAGACUGCUGAGGCCCGUGGAGACCUGGGGGUGAAGCCUGGAGACCCUCUUGCCCUGGCCCAGCUGCAGGCCCCCGGGAUGCUCUGGGCAUGUCCUCUGGAGCCCCACAGAAGAGCAGCCAGAUGGCCAGUGGAGCUGAGGAGACCCCAGGCUUCCUGGACAUGCUCCUUCAAGACUUCCCAGCCCCACUGAACCCAGAGGACCCUCUGCCAUGGAAGGCCCCGGGAAUGAUGCUCAGCCAGGAGGAGGUGGAGGGCGAGCUGGCUGAGUUGGCCAUGGGCUUUCUGGGCAGCAGGAAGGCCCCGCCACCACUUGCCGCUGCUCUGACUCAUGAAGCAGUUUCACAGCUUCUACAGACAGACCUUUCCGAAUUCAGGAAGUUGCCCAGGGAGGAGGAAGAAGAGGAGGAGGAGGAUGACGACGAGGAGGAAAAGGCCCCUGUGACCUUGUUGGAUGCCCAAAGCCUGGCACGGAGUUUCUUUAACCGGCUCUGGGAAGUUGCCGGCCAGUGGCAGAAGCAGGUCCCAUUGGCUGCCCGGGCCUCACAGCGGCAGUGGCUGGUCUCCAUCCACGCCAUCCGGAACACUCGCCGCAAGAUGGAGGACCGGCAUGUGUCCCUCCCUUCCUUCAACCAGCUCUUCGGCUUGUCUGACCCUGUGGACCGUGCCUACUUUGCUGUGUUUGAUGGUCACGGAGGCGUGGAUGCUGCGAGGUACGCUGCUGUCCACGUGCACACCAACGCUGCCCGCCAGCCAGAGCUGCCCACAGACCCUGCAGGAGCCCUCAGAGAAGCCUUCCGGCGUACUGACCAGAUGUUUCUCAGGAAAGCCAAGCGAGAGCGGCUGCAGAGCGGCACCACAGGUGUGUGUGCGCUCAUUGCAGGAGUGACCCUGCACGUCGCCUGGCUCGGGGACUCCCAGGUCAUUUUGGUACAGCAGGGACAGGUGGUGAAGCUGAUGGAGCCACACAGACCAGAACGGCAGGAUGAGAAGGCACGCAUUGAAGCAUUGGGUGGCUUUGUGUCUCACAUGGACUGCUGGAGAGUCAACGGGACCCUGGCCGUCUCCAGAGCCAUUGGGGAUGUCUUCCAGAAGCCCUACGUGUCUGGGGAGGCCGAUGCAGCUUCCCGGGCGCUAACAGGCUCCGAGGACUACCUGCUGCUCGCCUGCGAUGGCUUCUUUGAUGUCGUACCCCACCAGGAAGUUGUUGGCCUCGUCCAGAGCCACCUGAUGAGGCACCAGGGCAGCGGGCUCCAUGUUGCUGAGGAGCUGGUGUCUGCGGCCCGGGAGCGGGGGUCCCACGACAACAUCACGGUCAUGGUGGUUUUCCUCAGGGACCCCCAAGAGCUGCUGGAGGGCGGGAACCAGGGAGCAGGGGACCCCCAGGCAGGUGGGAGGAGCCAGGACUUGCCCUCCAGCCUUCCAGAAACUGAGACCCAGGCUCCACCAAGAAGCUAGGUGGUCCAGGCCCCUGCCCUCCCCUUCCUCCCACCCUGUCCUUCUCUCCCUCAGAGGCCUCAGGACCCAACAGGUGGCAGGCAGUGGACAGGGCGCCCGCCCCACAGUGCUUUCCCCAGCACUCCAGAGCCACUCGGGAUGCCCCCCACAGCCCGUCCUGGUGGCUGUGGAACUGCACUGGGUGGCGGGCAGAUGGUGGAAGGCAGCCUAGGAGACCACACCAAAGAGAAGAUGGACCGGCUCUUACUCCCAGCUCCCAUGGGGCCCGGGGUGGGACCAGAGGUCAUAGGUGCCCAACGGCAGCCAAACCAAAGACACUGGUGUGCGUGGAGCAGCAUGGUCAUGCAUGUGGGACCCUGGGGCGGUCCCAGGAGCCAAACUCUUGAAGCACCCCCUGGGUCAGGCCCAGCAGCGGGGUGGCCAGCCCCAGUUUCCCAUUGCUCCUCUCUGCGGCCGGGGCCGGGUGGGUUCAUAUUUACAGAUAUGCCCAGCCAGUCCUGGUCGGCCACACCGGUGUCCCAAAGAGGAGAGCGCAGCAGGGCCAGGGUCUGUUCUGUAGCAGCCACCCCCCUGCCCCUGCUCCAUGGCAGCCGUGAUGUGCUUGGGCCCACCAGGGCCUUCCGGGCUGCUCUCUUCCCUGAGCUCAGAACCGGCGAUGCACAUGUGUCUUUUGUUGGUGUGUUUGUUUGUUUGUUUGUUUUCCAGGGAGGUCUAAUUCAGAAGCAGUAUUCAAGGUUUUCUCUUUAUCAGUGCCAAGAUGACCUGUUGUGUCAUAUAAUUUAAGCAGAGCUUAGCAUUUAUUUUAUUCUUUAGAAAACUUAAUUAUUUACUUUUUUAAAGCUAUUUUUCAAGGAACGUUUUUUUGCAGUAUUACUGAAUUUAUUUUCUAAAUCAGGAUUGAAACAGGAAUUUUUCCAGGUGGUGUUAAUAAGCCAUUCAAGUGCCUUACACAGCUUUGAAGAAACUAGGACUGCAGUGGGCUCGGAUAGGCCCACUGAGGUUUUUAGAAAAGCAGGAUUUGUUUUGUUAGGGAGGCAUGAUUUUGGUGAGAUAUUUCUGGAAGAGUUUUCCGCCUCUUUGUGAUGCUGAGCACCCCCAAGGUUCCCCCCAACCCCAGGUGACUGGCAGGAGCUGCGACUGCCGUGUGGUGGUGCCUGGGCCCGACAGCGGGGCUCUGGGCAUCCCAGGUGACUUUGGCCCAUCUGCCUGCAUUCCCACCCCCUCGGGCCUGGCUGGAUCCCGGGCAGAGGGACCUUGCUGCUGUGUGACUGGAACAUUCCCAAAUGUCUUGUGAAUUUGUAA